AUGCAGUCGUUACCUAUCUCUCAUCGGAAUGUUCUGCCGUUCUCCCUCAUUUCUAGCCGGAGUUCAACUUAUGCUCGUCUCCAUUGCUGCUCUCUCAACUCUUCAUCUCUUCGUCAUGUUAUGGAUGAAGAAAGGUUCAUUGAAGUUUCUAAAAGCGGAAACUUGAUUCCGCUGCACAAAACCAUUUUUUCUGAUCAUCUGACUCCGGUGUUGGCAUACCGAUGUUUGGUGAAAGAAGAGGAUCGUGAAGCUCCAAGUUUUUUAUAUGAGUCAGUUGAACCUGGUUUUGAAGGUUCUAGUGUACUUGGUCGAUACAGCGUGGUGGGAGCUCAACCAUCCAUGGAAAUUGUAGUUAAGGAACACAAUGUGACUAUAUUGGACCACCAUGCUGGAAAAUUGACAGAGAAGAUGGUCGAAGAUCCGAUGACAAUUCCAGCAAGUAUUACCAACGGAUGGAAGCCCGGACUUAUUGAUGAUGAACUACCUGAUACCUUUUGUGGUGGAUGGUUUGGUUACUUCUCAUAUGACACAGUUCGGUAUGUAGAGAACAACAAGUUACCAUUCCUAAGGGCUCCAGAGGAUGACCGGAACCUUGCAGAUAUUCAGUUAGGACUUUAUGAGGAUGUCAUUGUAUUUGAUCAUGUAGAGAAGAAAGCGUAUGUGAUUCACUGGGUGCGGUUGGAUCAAUUUUCCUCUCUUCCUGAGGCUUAUCUUGAUGGGAAGAAACACUUGGAAAUAUUAAUGUCUAGGGUACAAGGAAUCAAGUCUCCAAGGUUAUCUCCCGGUUCUGUGGAUUUCUGUAUUGAUGAAUUUGGAACUUCAUCAACCACGGAAAACAUGACACGUGAGGAGUACAAGAAUUCCAUCUUACAGGCAAAGGAACACAUUGCUUCUGGAGACAUACAUCAAAUUGUUUUAAGUCAACGUUUUGAGAGAAGAACAUUUGCUGAUCCAUUUGAAGUCUAUAGAGCAUUAAGAAUUGUGAAUCCAAGCCCAUACAUGACUUACUUACAAGCCAGAGGCUGUACUCUAGUUGCAUCGAGUCCAGAAACUUUGACGCGUGAGAAGAAAAGAGGAAUUGUUAAUAGACCAUUAGCUGGGACAAGCAGAAGAGGGAGGACACCUGAUGAGGAUCUGAUGUUGGAAAUGCAUAUGUUAAAAGAUGUUAAACCUGGUUUUGUGAAUGUUCAAAAGCUCAUGAGUGUUGAGAGGUAUUUCGAUGUGAUGCACAUGAGCUCCACGGUGUCGGGAGAGUUGCUUGAUCAUUUAACCUGUUGGGAUGCACUGCGGGCUGCAUUGCCUGUUGGGACCAUCUGUGGAGCACCAAAGGUCAAGGCGAUGGAGUUGAUCGAUCAACUAGAAGUAGGUCGGAGAGGGCCUUACAGUGGUGGAUUUGGAGGCAUUUCAUUUUCAGGUGACAUGGACAUAGGAUUAGCUCUAAGGACGAUGGUAUUCAUGAACGGACCUCGUUAUGACACAAUGUAUUCAUACACGGAUGCCAGCAAACGUCAGGAAUGGGUUGCACAUCUCCAAUCUGAGGCUCGAAUCGUUGCUGAUAGUGAUCCUGAUGAGAAACAGAAAGAAUGUGAAAAUAAAGUAGCUUGUCUACGCAGGGCAAUCGACUUGGCUGAAUCAACUUUUGUUAAGGGAAGAUCAUCACUACUUAAGAUAAAUGGUUCCGUGCCAAAUGUAUUUUCAAGGGCCAGAGUACAUGAAAAAAAGAAACUUACUAGCUGAAUGAAAUGAGAAUGAAUUCGGAAAAUCUUAGUAGUUCAGUUAGUUGGUUUUCUAAACUUUCACUUUGUUCAAUGGAACUUACGCUUAACUUUGUGAAAGAGGGCACUUCAUUUUUAUUUU